AUGAAGCAAAGUUUUGAAUUGGAUACUGAGCUCCUUACGAAAAAAUACAAGGAUUUGCAAAGAAUCCUUCACCCGGAUAAAUUUAGCCAAAAAUCCCAGAGGGAAAAGUUUUACUCUGCUGAACAAUCUUCACUUGUUAACCUGGCCUACACAUCUUUACUGAAGCCACUUUCUCGGGGACUACAUUUGUGUGACAUUUUUCUUGCUUCUGUUGCAAAUAUGACGAACUUCCAGAAACAGAUUUACUACUCGGAAAAAUACUGCGAUGAAAAUUAUGAAUACAGACAUGUCGUCUUACCAAAAGAAAUAGCUAAACUAGUUCCCAAAAAUAAAUUGAUGUCAGAAAGUGAAUGGAGAGGUAUUGGUGUACAACAGAGUCAAGGCUGGAUUCACUACAUGAAACAUGACCCAGAACCACACAUCUUAUUGUUCCGACGACCCCUGCCAAAUGAAAAUGGAAGUGCCCAAUAG